AUGAAGAUUCUUUAAUGUCAAAAAAAUGAGGAUUAUAAAUCAGUGGAGAGAUAUUUGUUAGAUAUCAUAAAAAUUGAUUAAUAAUUAUAUGGAUAAGCAAGCUUAAAUUUAGCUCAAGUGAAAUAAAGGUUAUUUGAAAACUAAGAACUUUACAUUUAAAAAAUUAUUAAAUUAGAAGGAUAUAAAAGAAGUCAUGAUGAAAAAGAAAUUGCUGGAAGUAGAAGUAUAUAGAAUUUCAACAAAAUUUUAGAUUUAGAAUGUUGUAACUGGAAAUUAAAAGUAUAAAUACAAUUAUGUGAGAAAGAAAUUAAAAAAGCUGAGUCCUUAAAAGAUAAUUGUUAUUUAUUAGAGUAUUUUUAGUGUAUAAAAAACCUGCUUCUAACUUGUAUCUAAAAAAAUGAGUAAAAUAGCUAAAACAAAGAGACUAAUCAAAACCACUCAAAUUUUAGCUAAAUGAUAAAACAUUCUAAAAACAAUAAAGAUUAAAUAAUUGUUCAACAUUCCUCUUCAAAUUAAUUAAAUUAACAUAGCAUAUAAAAAGGUAAAAACUAUUUGGAUGAAUAGAAUGUCAUCGAUGCUUUAUCUAAAAAUAAUAAUUUAUUCAAACCUUUUAAUCAAUGCAAUUAAUCACACGAAAAUAAAAUUCUAAAAUGUUCUCCCAAAGCAACAAUUUACUGUAAGUCUUUAUAAUAAUUAUAGUAAAAUUAGGAUUAAUGA